CGCCCCGGUUGCCUGGGCCCGGCCUCCUCACUCUCUCCCUGGGGAGGGCGCCUCAUUCCUGCCCUUCACUUUCUGCGUUACCUUGAAGGCCCACAAUGCCCUACUGAGCCAUCCUGGACAUUGAGGGAGAGCAGAGCAGAGAGCAUCCAUGGAUGGGGCCCUGGUGGGGGGCCUGGCUGCCCCAGACCGUCCCCGAGGUCCUGAGAGACUGCCUGGUCCAGCACCAAGAGAGGACAUCGAAGAUGAAGCCGAGGCCGCCGAGGGGGAGGGGGGCAUCUUCCGAUCCACCCAUUACCUGCCUGUCACCAAGGAGGAUCCCCAAGACAUUCUGGAUAGCAGAGGUGGCAUUUCUGACGGGCAGCCCCAUUCCGGCCUCAGCGAAGCCCUCCCCCGUGCCACCUCCACCACCCGUCGGAUCAGCAGCUGCUGCUGGGAUGGAGGCAGCCUGGACUUCCGAUCAGGCUCCCCCCUACCCCACCUCCUGGGCCACUUCCCUGGCCCCCACGACGGCCGGGGGCCCUGGGAGCACCCGCUGGUCCAGGAGGCCAGAGAGGGCAUCCCCCCAGAGCGGAGGUUCGAGGACUCGGUCGUUGUGAGGACUGUGAAGCCCCACACCGAGCUCGAGGGCUCUAGAAGGCCCUGGCACUGCCACCAGGGGGGGCCCAAACUGGCGGCAAGGGGAUCCUGUGGCCGGCCCAGCCUCCACUGGCUGGAGGAGGAGGAGGAGGAGCAGGGCUCUCGCCAGGAUUCAGGGCUGCACCUCCACCCCUUCCAGAGGGUCCUCGUGCCAGAGGACGACCACCCCCGGGCGAUGGCCAUGGCAGUCACACAAGGGGGACUGGUGGAACCCGAGGCGCUGGCCCCACCAUCAGAAUGGAGCUUGCCAAGGGCAGCACUGGAGGUGGCCACACAGACCUGGACGGUGAACUCAGAGGCGUCCGUGGAGCGACUGCAGCCACUGCUGCCCCCGGUGCAGACGAGGCCCUACCUGUGCGAGUUGCUGGAGGAGGUGGCCGAGGGGCCGGCCAGCCCAGCUGAGGAUGAGGACGAGGAGCUGGCUGUGUUCCCCUGCAUCGAGUGCAGCAUCUACUUCCGGCAGAAAGAGCACCUCCUGGAGCACAUGAGCCAGCACCGCCGCACCCCGGGCCAGGAGCCCCCAGCCGAGCUGGCCCCGCUGGCCUGCAGCGAGUGCGGCUGGCCCUUCUCAGACCUCGGCAGCUUGGAGCAGCACCGCCGGCUACACCAGGCCUCCCGGGAGAAGAUCAUUGAGGAGAUCCAGAAGCUGAAACAGGUGCCGGAGGACGAGGGCCGGCAGGCCCGGCUGCAGUGCCCCAAAUGUGUCUUCGGCACCAGCUCCUCCCAGGCUUUCACGCAGCACACCAAGCUGCAUGUGCGUCAGGAGCCCCGAGGCCCGGCAGCUCCAGAGCCCUUGGGCAGCGGCGAGGGCAGCAGUGGGGCUGGCAGCCCAGGCCCAGAGGCCCCCAGCCUCGCCUUCCAGCCCUACGCAUCCUCCCCGGGCCUCAGCGCCAGCAGCUUCUGUGGCUUCUCGGCACCCAGCGAAAGCCUGCUCAGGGAGCACGCUGGGAUGGUGCACGCCCGUCCCCACUGGGAGGACAGAGAGGCUUUUGAGGAGGACCCCGCCGGCCAGCCAGGCACGAGCCAGGACACUUACGCCCACUUCCCCGAGGCCACUGAGGACUACUUUGGCAAAGCUGAGCCACUCUUGGCCUCUCCGUGGCAGGCGAGCCCUGCUGGGUACGACCCCAGCCUGGCCUUUGGGCCCGCCUGCCAGCAGCUGGGCAUGCAGGAUUUCCCACGGCCAAAGUCACCCCUGUAUGGUGCCUUCCAGAGGCCAUUCGCAAAGCCAGCCUAUUCCUCCCCAUUAGUGUCCGCCCCUUACUCCGGGCAGCUGAGUAGAAACAAGAGCUCUGCCCACCUGCUCCCCCCGCAGGAGCUGGAGGGCGCUGUGGGCUGUGAGCUCCCAGGCCAGCUGGGGGACCAGAGACACUCCUGGAGCGGUGAGGAAGAUGAUGGGGCGCUGGCCUCCGAAAUGGACUUCAUCUCCGAAAACGGAGUCUUUCCAGCGCCCACUGCCACCCUCAUCCCACAGCCAGCCCUGGAGCUCAAGCGCACCUUCCAAGUGGCCCUGGGGGCAGCGGAGGGCUCGGCGGCCCAGCAAUGGCAGCUCUGUCAGAUGGUCCCCGUGGUGCUGAUGGCAAAGCUGGGGCCACGGGUCAUAGAGGCGUCCAGGGCACCCACCAGGCUGCAGGUCGAGGAGCCCGGGCUGGGGAGCGCCCAUCCCCUGGACUUCCUGCUGCUGAAUGUACCGCUGGGCGACCCGCUGGGGCUGGACACGCUCCUAGACGGGGACCCGGCAGCCCUGAAGCAUGAGGAACAACGGAAGUGCCCCUACUGCCCCGACCGCUUCCACAACGGCAUCGGGCUGGCCAACCACGUCCGGGGCCACUUGAACCGCGUGGGCGUCAGCUAUAACGUGCGGCACUUCAUAUCGGCCGAAGAGGUCAAGGCCAUUGAGCGCAGGUUCUCCUUCCAGAAGAAGAAGAAAAAAGUGGCGAACUUCGACCCGGGCACCUUCAGCCUGAUGCGCUGUGAAUUCUGCGGCGCUGGCUUCGACACGAGGGCCGGCCUCUCCAGCCACGCCCGGGCCCACUUACGCGACUUUGGCAUCACCAACUGGGAGGUCACCGUCUCACCCAUCAACAUCCUGCAAGAGCUGUUGGCCACCUCGGCCACAGAGCAGCCUCCUAGCCCCCUGGGCCGAGAGCCUGGGGGGCCACCCGGCACCUUCCUCCCCUCCCGCCGGCCCCGCUUACCUCUCACCAUGACCUUCCCACCCACCUGGGCUGAGGACCCUGGACCAGUCUACGGAGAAGGCCUGGGUUCUGAAGAGAACACAAUGGUGGCCGUGGACCUGGGCUCCCCCUUGCUCCCCAAGAAGAGCCUGCCUGUCCCUGGGCCCCUGGAGCAGGUUGCCAGUCGGCUGAGCAGCAAGGUGGCUGCAGAGGUCGCCCACGGCAGCAAACAGGAGCUGCCGGACCUCAAGGCCCAGAGCCUGACCACCUGCGAGGUGUGUGGCGCUUGCUUCGAGACCCGUAAGGGCCUUUCAAGCCACGCACGCUCCCACCUGCGGCAGCUGGGUGUGGCGGAGUCAGAGAGCAGCGGUGCCCCCAUUGACCUCCUCUAUGAGCUCGUCAAGCAGAAGGGUCUGCCCGACUCCCCCCUCGGGCUGCCCCCAGGCCUGACCAAGAAGUCCAGCUCGCCGAAGGAGGUCAUCACCGGGGCCCCUCGGCCUGGCCUGCUCGCUCUGGCCAAGCCACUGGAUGCCCCUGCCGUCAACAAGGCCAUCAAAUCACCACCUGGCUUCUUGUCCAAGGGCCUGUCCCACCCUCCCAGCUCCCCACUCCUCAAGAAGACACCACUGGCCUUGGUGGGCUCCCCAGCCCCGAAGAACCCUGAGGACAAGAGCCCCCAUCUGUCCCUGAGCCCCCGGCCGGCCUCCCCCAAGGCACAGUGGCCCCAGUCGGAGGAUGAGGGGCCCCUAAACCUCACUUUAGAUAGUGACGGGGGCCGAGAGCUGGACUGCCAGCUGUGCGGUGCCUGGUUUGAGACCCGCAAGGGCCUGUCCAGCCACGCCCGCGCCCACCUGCGCCACCUGGGCGUCAGCGACCCGGACGCCAAGGGAUCCCCCAUAGACGUGCUCCACGGGCUCAUCAGGAGGGACGGCGUCCACCUCCGCCUCCCACCGGGGCGCGGCGCCAUGGCCCACCCUGGGCGGCCUCCCACCUCUGCGGCCCUCUCAUUGCUCUCUCCCCCACCGCCGGCCAAGAGGGCCAAGCUGAAGGCCAUGGGUGCGGCCGGCCCCUGGGGGAAGCAGGACUUCUCGGCCGCCGCCACUGCUGGCAUUUUCUGGGCCUCUGAUGUGGAGCCGGCUCCUCUCAACCUCUCCUCAGGCCCUGAGCCCACCCGUGACAUCCGCUGCGAGUUCUGUGGCGAGUUCUUUGAGAACCGCAAGGGCCUGUCGAGCCACGCGCGCUCCCACCUGCGGCAGAUGGGCGUGACCGAAUGGUAUGUCAACGGCUCGCCCAUCGACACGCUGCGGGAGAUCCUCAAGAGACAGCAGGCCCACUCCCGACCUGGCGGACCCCCAAACCCGCCAGGACCCAGCCAUAAGUCCCUGGCCAAGAUGAUGGGCGGUCCAGGGAGCUCACUGGAAGCCCGGGGCCAUGCCGAUCUGCACCUCUCAUCCCUGGCCAAGAAGUUGCCGCCGCCACCAGGCAGCCCCCUGGGCCACUCACCAGCUGGCUCUCCACCCCCUACUGCCCGGAAGAUGUUUUCAGGCCUGGCCACCGGCUCCCUAACCAAGAAGCUGAAGCCCGAACAGAUGCGGGUGGAGAUCAAGCGAGAGAUGCUGCCGGGGGCCCUUCACGGGGAGCCUCACCCGUCUGAGGGGCCCUGGGUGGCAUCUCGGGAAGAUCUGACCCCCCUGAACCUGUCGUCCCGGGCCGAGCCGACACGUGACAUCCGCUGCGAGUUCUGUGGCGAGUUCUUUGAGAACCGCAAGGGCCUGUCGAGCCACGCACGCUCCCACCUGCGGCAGAUGGGCGUGACCGAAUGGUCAGUCAACGGCUCACCCAUCGACACGCUGCGGGAGAUCCUCAAGAAGAAGUCCAAGCCAUGCCUGAUCAAGAAGGAGCCCCCUGCAGGCGACCUGGCCCCAGCCCUGGCUGAGGAGGGGCCCCCUGGUUCCCUGCAAGGCCCCUUGCCACUGGCACCCCUGGUGAGCCGGCCUGGCAAACCAGGCGUGGGGCCUGCUCAUAUUCCCCGUGAGCUCAGCCUGACACCGAUCACAGGGGCCAAGCCUUCAGCCACUGGCUACCUAGGGGCUGUGGCAGCCAAGCGGCUACUGCAGGAGGACCGCCUCCUCCCUGCGGAGGUCAAGGCCAAGACCUACAUCCAGACUGAACUGCCCUUCAAGACCAAGACCCUCCAUGAGAAGACCUCCCACUCCUCCACCGAGGCCUGCUGCGAGCUGUGUGGUCUCUAUUUCGAAAACCGCAAGGCCCUGGCCAGCCAUGCACGGGCGCACCUGAGGCAGUUCGGCGUGACUGAGUGGUGCGUCAAUGGCUCGCCCAUCGAGACGCUGAGCGAGUGGAUCAAACACCGGCCCCAGAAGGUGGGCGCCUACCGCAGCUACAUUCAGGGUGGCCGCCCCUUCACCAAGAAGUUCCGCAGCGCAGGCCAUGGCCGCGACAGUGACAAGAGGCUGGCCCUCGGGCUAGCGCCCGGCGGUUUGGCCAUGGUUGGCCGAAGCACUGGGGGUGAGCUGGGCUUGGAAGCCGGCCGGGCGGCUGAUGGUGUGGAACGGCCUCUGGCAGCCAGCCCGCCAGGCCUGGUGAAGGCCGAGGAGCACCAGCGACAGAACAUCAACAAAUUCGAACGCAGACAAGCCCGGCCCCCGGACACAGCUGCAGCCCGGGGUGGUGAUGAGGCUGGUGAUCUACAACAGAAGUUGGAGGAGACUCGGCAGCCCCCACCCCGGGUCCGCCCAGUGCCCUCUCUGGUGCCCCGGCCCCCCCAGACCUCACUUGUCAAGUUUGUUGGCAACAUCUACACCCUCAAGUGCAGGUUCUGUGAGGUGGAAUUCCAAGGCCCCCUCUCCAUCCAGGAGGAGUGGGUGCGGCACUUGCAGCGGCACAUCCUAGAGAUGAAUUUCUCCAAAGCAGACCCCCCGCCCGAGGAGCCCCAGGCCCCACAGGCACAGACAGCGGCGGCAGAGGCGCCCUAACAGAAGCAUUCCAGACUCCCGCUCUUGCCACCUCUGUGUCCUCCUCGUCAUUGUCCUCCUCCUCCUCCUCUCUGUCCUCUUCUUCCUCUUCCUUCUUUUCCAAAGGAGCAAGCCAAAACCUCAAACCGGCGCCCCCCAGGGGCCGGGCACACUACAGCUGGGGCUCCGGCAGCCAACUAGCUGCCCGUUCCCCAGCCUGAGGAUCUGGGGCUGCAGGGUGUGUCUUCUGGGUGCCCAGCAGCCAGGCAAGGCUGUGGCUGCCAGGGUGGCCGUUUGCAAAGACCCCUGACCUGGUUCCCGCUCACCCUGUGACUCUCUUCUCACAUGCAAACACAGACUCAUGCUCAAGGCCCGGGAUCUGCCCCAGCCCCCCAGUUCCCGCGUCAGGCAGCCCCGUCAUGCCAUGGUGCUUGCUCAGGGGAAGCCAUGCUCCCUCGGCUGGCCACACACACACACACACACACACACACCUGCCCCCAGGGAUCAGGAGGCCCCCACUGAGCCCUCAAUGCCACGGAAACCCUCAUUGGCCUACCCCCUCCCAUAAGGCCUUCCCAGCUGGGAAGAGCCCAGAGCUGACAGCUGUGUCCUGCCAUCUCCAGGCCCACCCCACCCCCACCCAGAGCCUCGGGCCCCUGGGUGGUGGGGCGUGAGACUCCUCCCCUAUGCCCAGUCCCCCCCUUCUUACCUUUUCACUGUUGCUCUCUAUGUAUAGCUCCCUAGAAUUUUCACUUUUUAAAAAAGGUGUUUUGUGUAGAAAAUAAGGAACGUUGAUCUUUUUAUUUUGCAGUCCUGGGCCAGGUAAACACCAGGAAGGCAGAUUGACCUUUUAACUUUUUCCAGUGGCCACCUUUUGGUUAUCGAUGUACCUAGAAGUCUGUAAAUUAGAUUAAAUUUCUCUUCUGGAAACACA